UUAUGAUACUGACAGAUAAUGAUUUGUUUGCAGACGUCAAAAAGGCGGAAUAACGGUCGUUCAAAGAAGGGGAGAGGUCACACCAAGUUUAUCCGCUGUACUAACUGUGCAAGAUGUGUCCCUAAGGAUAAAGCCAUCAAAAAGUUUGUUAUCCGAAACAUCGUAGAAGCGGCGGCAGUGAGAGAUAUUUCUGACGCCAGUGUUUAUGAAGUGUACGCGCUGCCAAAGUUGUACGCCAAGCUUCUGUACUGUGUGUCGUGUGCCAUUCACUCGAAGGUGGUGAGAAACCGAUCGCGCGAGGCGAGGAAAGAUCGCAGUCCACCACUCAGAUUCAGACCAAUGAGGGAGGGAGCUGGACCCAGAGUUGGAACAGCCCGUUAAUGGUGUAUCAUGUAGUGGAAAUAUCAAAGCAAAAAUAAACUGUUGCCCUCAAAA